AUGUCUGAGAAGACAUACGACACAUUGCGUCUGUGGGUGAUCCUGCUUCUGUGUGUGCUGAGACUAGCCAUGAUGCGGCAUCAUCUCCAGGCCUACCUUAACCUGGCCCAGAAGGGCGUCUUGCAGAUGAAGAAGGAAGCGGGACGCAUUAGUACAGUGGACCUCCAAAAGAUGGUCGCCCGAGUCUUUUACUACCUGUGUGUAAUAGCUCUUCAGUACAUCGCACCUCUGGUGAUGCUGUUGCACACUACUUUCCUGCUAAAGACAUUAGGUGGAUACUCGUGGGUGAUUUACCCCGAAGAGAAUUUGCCGUGUCUGUCAAAUGAGGACUCGAGCCCCACUGAGGUGGGGCAAGACGAGGUGCAGGCCUCUCAAACAGUGGCCCAGCUAUCGGUUGCUCUUGGGGGGCUGAGGACUGUUUUCUCCCCCUUGCUUUUUCGAGGGCUCCUGUCCUUCUUCACUUGGUGGAUUGCCGCAUGCCUGUUCUCCACCUCUCUUUUCGGCCUCUUCUACCACCAGUAUCUGAUGGCUGCAUAGCAUCGGGAAGGGUUUGUUCGACUGAACUGUGCAACACGAGGCCCUGAAACAUUCCCCUUUUUCUGCAACCAUAUCAGCCGAGUUCUUCUCUGACGGGCUUCCUCCAUGGACACAGCCUAACCAAUACAUAAACAACAACCAUAAUAAUUCAGUCACUGUUCUUAAGCAUCAAUGAAUGGAGGAUGGCAUCCAAAGGAGACCUCAAAAAAUGCUGAUUUUAAAGGGGAUGUCAUCUUUGAACCACCAGAAGAUUGAAAGCAAGGGAUCACUCAUGGUCUUUGACAUACUGCAUUUUAUUUUUUAGAGUUUAAAAUUAUGAUCGAUCAAUUGCAUAAGAAUGAUGGUUUUUAAUAGUGUUUUAAAGUUGUUUCACUUCUCCAAAGUAGAAACUGGGUUCUGCUUUAGGGGAGUUUUUCAUUGCUGAUCCGUGAAGAUGAAACCGUGUUUUAGUCAGGCUUGGAGAGUGCAGUGAGGGGACUGAUCAAGGAGAACAGUAUGUGUUAAAGGUAUAUUUAUUUGUUCUUUUCAGAGGGACUGAAGUCAGCCUUCUCACAAGGAGCGUUUCGUUUGACUGUAGAAGACUGAGAGAUCAUUUAAGUGUGCGUGCGUGUGUGCGAGUGAUGGUUUGUGUGUUAACAUCAGUGCCUGCAGGCUCUCCAUGACCCCUGCUGCUGGUGAGUAAAUCUAAAAAGGGCAUUUUGAUCAAGUAUAAAAGCUAACUCAAAAAACUGUCUAAAGCACUGGCCUCCGCUCUUCUGGUACCCUCCCCUGUCAUUUAACUGGGCAGAUGUUACACUUUGAAUUUCGGGUGACAUCAAACACAUCCUGUAAGCGUGCUCUGUGAUUCUGUAUAGAGCUUAUUGAUUUUCUGUAAUGCAUCAAAUAACAGGAUUGGAUUUGUUUCAUGUGAAGGUGCCAAGUAUGCUUGUACUCCCCGGUGAGUGUGUACAGUAUUUUCUGCUGGAAAUCGGAAGCACACAUGCUGAGGUACGAGCCAAAGCAGAAUAUGCGGCUUGAUCACAAAGAAACGUCUACAUGUUUAAUGAGGUCCACUUUAAUAUUGUGAGAUUUUUGGCACUAUAGUUACCAAAACUGCACGGAGGCAUAUCUGAAAUAAUUGUUUUAUUUUUCUUUUUGUUUGAUAGUCUUUUUUAGUGUUAACCUACUGUAAAAGUCUUAUUCUCACCUUCCAUUUUGAGUUUUUGGAAGGUACACAGACAAUGAAUGUACUGAUCCUGUCUGAUUUUUCUUUUAUUAUUGUAGAACAAUUCUGCUACCCUUGGGGCCCCUAAUAAAAAGCUACAUAUGACAAAAUCGUGGCUUUUAACAAAUAACAGUUAAAUUAGAAAUACAAUUUUUCUAUAUAGUGGGCCUCCAGGGAUAUUUAUAUUGCAAAGGAGCGUCCGUUAUUAUCAAAAUCACACUAUACAAUCAAUACUUGUUAACAAUGUGGCAGUAAGAUGCUUUUUGAGAGCUGUUUUUUUUCCCUGUUGUUGAUUAUCAAGCUGUGAAGAUUGAUAGACUCAAAGGGGAGUUUAUUUUAGCUGUAAACAAUCACAAUUUUUGGUAAUCAUCAGCAGGGCCAUUUUAGUCUUACACUCAGCUAUAGUUUUUUUUUCCUUUACCUUAAUAUGAUUUUCUCCCCUGUUCCCCAACUAUUGAAAAUUAAAAACAAGUGACCAAAAUUAAUCAAAAAUUCUAUCACUAAAAUCUUACUAAGUAUAGCCCCUUUUAUGAUGUUUAGAAUAUGCAUGUCUUUAAACAUUUUUAACCCUAAUGCCAAAUAACAGUAUAUGAGGCUCAGAACUGAGCCAUAUUAAUUUAAGAUAUUCAAGACAAAUCACUCUUUUCUAUUCCAGUAGUGAAGUAGCUUGGAUCUCUUUUAAAACCUACGAGCCUAUGUAUCUGUUGGUUUCUAAUGCAUUUUAAGUACUUAUCUUUAUUUAUUACUUUUCAGUUUGUUUAAUAAAUGAUUGUCAA